CUUCUCCUUCGUUGCUUGCUGAUGUGUCGCUCUGCUUCGAGGUAGAGAGAGAAUGGCGGGGGCAACUUCAUCAAGUUUGAUAUGGUCGCCAUGGCAAGCGACUCUUCACCAUUAUAAUAAUAGGUUUCAUCAUGUCAAAGGUUAUCCGUUUCCAUGUCACGCUUUCCAUCCUAUUUGCAAUUCUUUUAAUUUCAAAAGACGUUUUUCUUCAUCCAUAUUGAACGACGACCAUGUCAUUACGGAUUCUUCAUCCUCCUCCAAAAAGCAAGGCCGUUUAUCAAUGUCUGGGUGUGGUUGCUCUUGGAUUCAGGACAAUUCAAUGGUUCAUCCUUCGGCUACGAAGAAAUGCUCGGCUUUGCCAACAAAAACAGUGGAUGUCUCUUCAGUUUCAGACCUUUUUGAAUUCAUAUGCUCGGGUCCCCUCGUAGACAAGAUCGGUAUUACUCCUGAAAAUGUUGGUCAGUCCAUUGACAAAUGGUUACUCUAUGGCUCUCAGCUCUGCAGACUCUUUCAGCUGAAUGAGCUUAAGCUCACCAUUCCUCAGAAAGCUAGGCUUUACCAUUACUAUAUACCCGUCUUUGUUUGGUGCGAAGAUCAGAUUGCCUUGCAUAAUUCCAAGUUUAAAGAUGGAGAUGAUGUGCCUCCACUAGUGAUUGGAUUUAGCGCACCUCAAGGAUGUGGCAAGACUACACUUGUGUUUGCACUUGAUUAUCUUUUCAAAACUACAAAAAAGAAGUCGGCGACAAUAUCUAUAGACGAUUUUUACUUGACUGCACAAGGCCAGGCUCAGUUGAGAGAAGAUAAUCCAGGAAAUGCACUUCUAGAGUAUCGUGGGAAUGCAGGAAGCCAUGAUCUUCCAUUCUCUGUCGAAACAAUAGAAGCCCUGUCUCAACUGACCAAGGACGACAUGAAGAUGAAAGUUCCUCGGUACGAUAAGUCUGCUUAUAGCGGGAGGGGUGACAGAGCCGAUGCAGAAACAUGGCCUGAAGUUGAAGGACCUCUAAAGGUUAUUCUCUUUGAGGGAUGGAUGCUUGGUUUCAAACCUCUUCCUUCUGAAGUCGUUAAAUCAGUUGAUCCACAGCUGGAGACAGUGAAUAAGAACCUUGAAGCGUAUUAUGACGCAUGGGACAAGUACAUCAAUGCUUGGGUCAUCAUCAAAAUCAAGGAUCCAAGUUAUGUAUACCGGUGGCGUCUUCAGGCGGAAAUCGCCAUGAGGCAGGCUGGCAAAGCCGGGAUGUCAGAUGAUGAGGUGAAUGACUUUGUGUCACGGUAUUUGCCGGCAUAUAAAGCCUAUCUUCCGACCCUUUACGCUGAAGGACCUACCGGCUCUGACCCUGACCGUGUCCUUGCCAUAGAUAUCGAUGAAGAAAGGAACCCCAUACUCGCUACCUAAUGACAGACACAUGUUCUUCUCUUUGUAUGUAAAAGAGAUUAACACUCUACAUCACACUUUGACAUGCAAUUCGUUACAAUGUUGCGCGCGCACACACAUAUAUAUAUAUGUACGUGGUUAUAGUGGUUA